AUGCCAACCAAAAUGGGAACAUACAGCAAGGAGAAAGGGGUGUUGGUGAGCGUGUACGUGGAGAAACCGAAGAGGAGGACGUUCUCAAAUUACCGUCACCAUCACCAUCACCACCAUCACAAUAACCAUCAUCAUAUUCAUCACACCAUCAAGAGAGAGGUUGUUCAUUACAGGCGUGGCGCUGAUGGAAGAGGGUACAUUAGUAGGAGAGCUGAGCUCCUUCAGUACUCUCAACACCUUCGGCGAUCUGCUAGAUCAGCACCAGCUGCUUCCACAGCCUUAAAUCCAAGGCCUAACAAUACCAAUAGGCAACAAUCUCAUGCCCAGACAAGUUUCUUGGAUGUAAUUUAG